AUGGUGUUUUUCGGCAAAAAAUCGCCAAUCACGGGGAAACAAAAUGCACGAAAAACAACUGGGCUCAAGGCCGCAUCCACGCGCUCAAUUAUCAACAAGUACCACCAGCUGAACAAGCGAAAGUUGCAACUACAGGGGCUGAAGAAACGAAUGAAGAAAGCAGAGGAGCAGGCAAAAGAGGCGGAAAUCGACGCUGAAAUAACACAAAUCGACUCUGAAAUGGAGAAAUUGGGCGGCCUUGAAGUGUACCAGAAGGCGUCUCUCAAGGGCCAAGAUCAGACUAGAGGAGGAGACUCAUCACACGUUCUGCUCAAGUGGCUGAAGAACGAGGGAAACGAACUUGCACUCGAGGAGGGUCAGGAGAAGAAGCUGCUGGAAGUUGGGUGCCUGUCUGUGUCUAAUGCUGUGUCUAAAUCAACCGAGUUCGACACGAUAGACCGGAUCGAUCUGAGAUCGAAUGAUCCGCUCAUAAAACAGCAGGAUUUCCUGAAACGACCGCUUCCCAAGAGCGAUCAGGAGAAGUAUCACGUGAUCUCAUUAUCGCUGGUGCUCAAUUUUGUGCCUGUUACAGCUGACAGAGGCAAGAUGCUCCAGCUGACCACCAAAUUUCUGCAUCCCCAAGGUCUUCUGUUCUUUGUGCUGCCCAAGGCAUGCGUGGAGAACUCCCGGUAUCUUGAUGGCGAGCUGUUCGACUCCAUUAUGGCGUCAUUGGGCUACGAGAAACUUGAGGAGACUACAACCGAUAAGCUGAUCUACCAGCUGUGGAGAUGUCGCCAGGAGAAGGCCAAAUAUCAAAAGUUCACCAAAAACGAGGUGCGAAGUGGUUCUACGCGGAACAACUUUUGCAUUACGUUGUGA